AUGGCCACGUCUAUACUCGGGGAAGAGCCGCGCUUCGGAACAACCCCGUUGGCCAUGCUGGCGGCGACCUGCAACAAGAUCGGCAACACGAGCCCGCUGACGACGCUGCCAGAGUCGAGCGCCUUCGCCAAGGGCGGCUUCCACCCCUGGAAGCGCUCCUCGUCCAGCUGCAACCUCGGCUCCAGCCUCUCGGGCUUCGCCGUGGCCACCGGUGGCCGCGGCUCCGGCGGCCUGGCGGGCGGCUCGGGCGCAGCCAACAGCGCCUUCUGCCUGGCCUCCACGUCCCCCACGUCGUCCGCUUUCAGCAGCGACUACGGCGGCCUCUUUUCCAACUCGGCGGCCGCCGCGGCGGCGGCGGCCGGAGUGUCCCCGCAGGAGGCGGGCGGCCAGUCGGCCUUCAUCUCCAAGGUGCACACGACGGCGGCCGACGGCCUGUACCCGCGCGUGGGCAUGGCGCACCCGUACGAGUCGUGGUACAAGUCAGGCUUCCACUCGACGCUGGCGGCGGGCGAGGUGACCAACGGCGCGGCGUCGUCGUGGUGGGACGUGCACAGCAGCCCGGGCUCGUGGCUGGAGGUGCAGAACCCCGCUGGGGGGCUCCAGAGCUCGCUGCACUCGGGCGCCCCCCAGGCCUCGCUGCACUCGCAGCUCGGCACCUACAACCCCGACUUCAGCUCGCUCACGCACUCGGCCUUCAGCUCCACGGGCCUCGGCUCCUCGGCCGCCGCCGCCUCGCACUUGCUCUCUACCAGCCAGCACCUGCUGGCUCAGGACGGCUUCAAGCCGGUGCUGCCCUCCUACUCAGACUCCAGCGCCGCGGUGGCGGCUGCUGCCGCCAGCGCCAUGAUCUCGGGCGCCGCGGCCGCCGCCGCCGGGGGGAGCUCGGCGCGCUCAGCCCGCCGCUAUUCCGGCCGCGCCACCUGCGACUGCCCCAACUGCCAGGAGGCGGAGCGGCUGGGCCCGGCCGGGGCGAGCCUGCGGCGCAAGGGCCUGCACAGCUGCCACAUCCCGGGCUGCGGCAAGGUGUACGGCAAGACGUCGCACCUGAAAGCGCACCUGCGCUGGCACACGGGCGAACGGCCCUUCGUGUGCAACUGGCUCUUCUGCGGCAAGCGCUUCACGCGCUCGGACGAGCUGCAGCGGCACCUGCGGACUCACACGGGCGAGAAGCGCUUCGCCUGUCCGGUGUGCAACAAGCGCUUCAUGCGCAGCGACCACCUGAGCAAACACAUUAAGACGCACAACGGGGGUGGCGGGGGCAAAAAGGGCAGCGACAGUGACACGGACGCCAGCAACCUGGAGACGCCCCGCUCCGAGUCCCCUGACCUCAUCCUGCACGACUCCGGCGUCAGUGCCGCCCGGGCGGCGGCUGCGGCGGCGGCUGCAGCGGCGGCGGCGGCGGCGGCCUCGGCGGGAGGCAAGGAAGCCGCGUCUGGCCCCAACGACUCUUAG